GCCCAACUCCUCAAGAUAUUGGCACCCCUGGGUUGAAGGGUUAUGCACCAACAAGACUACAAAUGGAGAUUCUGGCUCGUACCAAAGCUGAAAAGGACAAGGCUGCUCUAGAAAAACGCAUACUUCAAUUGCAGGCAGAAAUUGAGGAAAGGGCACAACUAGACAGGGCAAGUGAAGAGCCCAUGUCACAGCAUGGUUCCACAUCACGUCAAAAUGUGAAUUCAAGGUUAGAACAUGGUGAUGAAGAUAAUGCAUAUGGAGAUGACGAUUGUAAUGAUGAGGACACAAUUGCACCAAGCACUGCACCAGGCACUAAUGAUGCUUCUCAUUCUAAACAUAAUUCUUUGGUUGGAAGAGAAGCCAUAUUAUAUGCUUUGUUGAGAUCGGAUCAACCUGUGGCCAAAGGAAUAAUAGUUUCAACUAAUCCGAGUACCAUAGUUGCAGAUCUGCCCAUUGGAAGGCAAUUUUGUGAAGUUGUUGUGACUUGUGUCCUGAAAAGAGAUGCAGUGUUGGCUCGUCCCUACGAUGAUAUGCAAACUAUGGCUACUGCUCACAUGAUGUCGCUUGCAUGGCCAUACAAGAAACUGAAGGUCAUCAACAAGGCAUCAGCAACACCUAACACAUCACCUAACAUUUCAGGAAAUGGACAAUGUUAGUAUCAGAUCAUGUUACAACCAACCGUGGACAUGGUUCUUCGGUCUUGCAUUUCUUUUGGAGCUUUUGUUGCGUAUGUUGCGUACAACAACGUGAAGGAAUUGAGUUAUUGUAAUACUAGCUUUUGUGUUAUGUAAUGUGAUAUUGCAACCUAUGGACUAGUUCGAUGUAUUGCAAACAUUAUGUUACUGAUGAUGUUAAUAUAUGAUCGAUGGAUAUUGAAAGACCAUUAA